GCUGUUUUGAAGAGAGGAUAGUCAUGGCGGAUUGGAGGGACCGAAGGGAAUGGAGCUAGAGGAGCUAAAGGAGAGGUCAGUGUUCUCUUAAAGAUAACUACAAGAUAAAGUAUUUCCCAUCGUUUCCAGAAGAGGUCCCUUUCUCAGAGUGGAUGAUUCAGCAGGAGAAGCCACAGCUGGCUGGGACCAUGCCGGUGGUGUGGCCUACGCUCCUGGACCUCAGCAGGGACGAGUGUAAAAGGAUCCUGCGAAAGCUCGAGCUGGAGGCGUACGCAGGUGUGAUCAGCGCUCUCCGCGCUCAGGGGGAUCUAACCAAGGACAAGAAAGAUCUGCUGGGGGAGCUCACCAAAGUCCUAAGCAUCUCCACCGAGCGACAUCGAGCAGAGGUGCGCAGGGCAGUGAACGAUGAGCGUCUCACAACCAUCGCAUAUCACAUGUCUGGACCAAACAGCUCUUCAGAGUGGUCUAUUGAGGGGCGCAGGCUGGUCCCUCUGAUGCCCAGGCUGGUGCCACAGACGGCUUUCACUGUGACAGCCAACGCAGUGGCCCAUGCAACGGCGCAUCAGAAUUCUUCACUGCUUCUCCCUGCAGAGACCGGCAACAAGGAAGUGGUGGUGUGUUACUCAUACACCAGCACUACUGCCACGCCCCCCAGCGCCUCCGCCCCCAGCAGCAGCACAGCAGCUGCAAUCAAAUCCCCCCGGCCUGCUAGUCCUGCCUCCAACGUGGUGGUCCUACCCAGUGGGAGUACUGUUUAUGUGAAAAGUGUGAGCUGCUCUGACGAAGAUGAGAAGCCUCGUAAGCGCAGGCGCACCAACUCCUCAGGCUCCUCCCCUGUGCUUUUGAAGGAGGUGCCUAAAGUGGCCCUGCCCAUCUCCAAGACCAUCACAGUGCCGGUCAGCGGCAGCCCUAAGAUGAGCAACCUGAUGCAGAGCAUCGCAAACUCUCUGCCCCCUCACAUGUCUCCAGUGAAGAUCACCUUCACCAAGCCCACCACGCAGACCACCAACACCACCACACAGAAGGUAAUUAUUGUCACAACGUCUCCGAGCUCCAACUUUGUGCCCAACAUCCUCUCCAAGUCGCACAACUAUGCCGCCAUGUCCAAGCUGGUCUCCAGCUCUAUGCUGACUGCAACCAAUCAGAAGCAGACUAUGGUGAUCUCAGCGGGCACCAGUGUUGCCCCAGCACCCGCCCCUGUUGCUGUGACAACUGUAGUGUCAUCCACACCUACGGUGGUGAUGUCCACUACGGCUCAGAGUGGGACCUCUGCAGCUGUAAAGGUAGCCACAGCGAGACUGCCCUCUCCUAAAGCUCUGGUGAGCUCACCCUCUCACAUCCUCCAGUUCCCUAAACAACAGCAGCAACAACAGCAGUCCCAUCAGUCCCAGUCACCCAAAGGUCUGCAGGGCACACCCCUCUCCGCCUCGCCUCAAAGCUCCAGCACAUCAGCAGGAUCCAAACCCACCAUACAGAUCAAACAGGAAUCAGGUGUGAAGAUUAUCACACAGCAGAUGCAGCCCAGUAAGAUCUUGCCCAAGCCCUCCAGUGCAGCCAUGCCCAGUAGCAGCUCUGCUCCAAUCAUGGUGGUCAGCAGCAAUGGGGCAAUCAUGACCACAAAACUGGUCUCUACCCCUACAGGGACUCAGGCCACCUACACCCGGCCAUCAGUAAGCCCCACUAUCGGAGCCCGAAUGGCCACCUCACCAGCCGGGGCCACCUACGUAAAGACCACCAGCGGCAGCAUCAUUACAGUGGUGCCCAAGUCUUUGGCUACGCUUGGGGGGAAAAUCAUCAGCACCAAUAUCGUUUCAGGCACCACCACAAAGAUCACCACCAUUCCCAUGACCUCCAAACCCAACGUCAUCGUGGUGCAGAAGACCACUGGGAAAGGCACAACCAUUCAGGGCUUGCCUGGGAAGAAUGUGGUCACCACGCUCUUAAAUGCUGGGGGUGAGAAGGCUCUGCAGGCUUUGCCAGGAGCAAAGCCCGCGAUCAUCACAGCGUCUCGGCCAAUCACAAAGAUGAUCGUGACGCAGCCCAAGAGUCUAGGCUCAGCAGUGCAGCCCUCCAGCACCACCAAGAUCAUCCCCACCAAGAUCGUCUAUGGACAGCAGGGCAAGACCCAGGUGCUGAUAAAGCCGAAGCCCAUGGCGUUCCAGACGGCCAUGGUGAGUGAGCAGACGAGGCAGCUGGUCACGGAGACGCUGCAGCAGGUGUCCAGAGGAGCAGAGGCAGGCGCAGUACCCGGAUCCAGUCAGGAGGGGACGCCGAAAGAUGACUCUCCGUCUUACAUGGACAGCAGCCCUGCAUCCUCAGACAGUACGCACGAAGCCCAGCCGGUGGUGCACGUCAUCACCUCCAGGGCCCAGGACUGGGCCGAGCAGGAGGUCUCUGUGGAAGCGAGUCCCACCAUCAUCUACCAGGAUGUGAGUGGAGAAGCUCAGUCAGCCACGUCCACCAUCAAAGCCCUGCUGGAGCUGCAGCAGACCACAGCAAAGGAGAAGGCUGAAGCCAAGCCCAGACAGCACACCAUUGAUCUGAGUCAGAUGGCAGUGCCCAUCCAGAUGGCCCCGGAGAGGAGGCAGUCUCCCGAGCCGUCGGGCCAGGCUGCAGGCGAGCCUGAAACUCCAGCAGAGUGCAGCACUAUAGGUAAAGCAGUGAAGUCUGCAGCAGCAGGCAGUGAAGUGACCGUAUCCAGCAGCCAGUCACCAGCUCACUCCUCCACAGUAAAAAUCUCCAGUUCUGCACCUUCAGCCAGCACCACCACACUCAGCGCUCAGGCUGUCGCUUCUCCUGCGCAGGGCAGGCCUCUGGAGGAGCAGACUGUAGUGGAGGAGGGCGAGUUGGAGGGUGACACACUGGAUCCACAGACUGGACUUUUCUACAGAUCAGCUCAGCCCCCACCUCCCCCCCUCCAGCAGCACCGCACGCCACCUCACACCCUCACCAAACCCACUGCUACCCCACCCAUGCCCACCAAAGCUGCCCCAGGACCAGCUGAAGCGGUUCCGGCCCCCAAGAGACCAGAACAGACCACCCCCAGACCCUGUCCUCCUCCAGCAGCCUCCGUUAAACCCUCCAUCUCCCAAUCACCCUCUUCCUCUGCCUCCUCUGCAUCAGCAGCAGCCCAGCCUGCCCUGCACACACUCCCCACCAAACCCCCACACACUCCACAGCUGCCCAAACUACAGCAAGCUCCCAGCUCACACAACCGCCCUAACAUACACACACAACUGUCCCAGCCCCCACCGCUGCAGGCCCACCACCCAGUGGGUUCGGACAAAGCGGCCAGCAGCAGCAGCACCACCAGUAGCAGCAGCGCUCAGACAUCACGACCUCUGGUUCCUGUCAGCACCACUGUGAAGAAAUCAGAUUCAGUGCAGCAGCCAAUCAUUACACAGGGCGCUGCAGUCACAAAGAUCACCUUCGGAGGUCACCAGUGUCCACCUGUGUCCAGCAGCGGUGAGGCAGCAGCUAAGCUGCAGGCCGAGUCCAGCUCAGGACUGGGCACGUCUGAGAAAGCUGGGGUUUCAGACAUUCUGAAGAUUUCCAUGAUGGAGGCAGAGAUUGACCCCAGCACAGAGUCUGUGGUAGUGGACUCAUCCAGCGACUGCAGCCCCUUCACCAAAGCCGCAUCCACCUCCCCCCUCAUCAGCAGCUCCAAACACACGCACUCGCACACCCACAGUGCCUUCGGUCGCAUUCAGAAGAGCAAAGACCUGGAUGUGAUACAGGUCAUCCCCCAGUACUCCAUAAUGCCAGACUCCAGUCAGUCGAAUGUGGUGGUGGAACCCAGCGGCUUCCUGGAGAUCACAGACUACACCAGCCAGCGUCUGGACGAGGAGGCCGCCAUGGACCAGGAGGUGGACAGCAGCAACGACGAGGGGACGGCUGCCAGCCCCAUGGAGGCCUGCGCCGACCAAUCACAGUGAGCGGGGGAGGGUGUGUUUAACACAGCCCUGAGAAUCCGCUCAGGAGGAACAGGAUGGUAGAAUCCUUUGGAGUUCAUGCUUAAUAGUGUUCAUAAGGAGAACUGAAGUAACCAGUCUUGAGGAACCAAUAGGAAAUCAUGGAAUGUUGGGGACAAGCUUCCGAAAAUGGAAGAAUGUGACGAAAGGAAAAACUUCAGUAUCUCCCAUCAGGCUUGAACAGCAAGUGACUGUUCUUUACUUUCUCUCCUCCACACAUUUCGCUUGAUUGUUUUUUUUUUCAUAGCAGUAAAAAAUGAUGGAAAUGUAUUGGUUUUGUUUACGUAACGUCCUGCAGGACCUCGAGGGCAGGAGUGUGCUUAUUAGGAUUUUGAGGAUAAAUGACAUCUGUAGAGAAAGAGCAAAGAACUCUUGAUUCAGAUGUUUUUGAUGAUUACGAUUGAAUGGUAAAAAGGGGAAUCCACCAUUUAUUUUUAUUUUUUACUUUUGUUCUCUUCAGUCAUUCUGCCGAGUGGUUUGACGUGAAAAGCACUCAUCUAUCUAGAGAAAUCAACCCAAUCAGAAUUGUUCUCAGUGGUGGUGACUGGGAUCAGGCGUCUGAAGAUCCUCUGGAAGCUCCUUUGCAGAAACUGUUACAUAAAAAAUGGUUACAGAUAUUUUGAGUGAUAUAAGAGUUAUAUUUUUUAUCUUUUUUUGAGUUUUUGUGGUAAGCAUAUAUGGCGGACUGUUAGCUGGCCAACUGUAGUAGCUGCAGUUGUGAUGGGGGGCAGGUCCUUGGUUGGACUGUCUAGACUGUGAAGACUCCUGCUUUUGUCUGUAAGGCUAUUGGUCACGGAUAUGGAUCAGUCUAACACCAUAAGAUGAUGUUAUUAUAAGAGAAAAACGUAGAAAACCUUUUUAUUUCUCCAUGGAAAAAGAAUUGUAAUUAUAAAACAUAACGUAAAUGCUGAGGAUUUUGUUGCUUUCUGACAUUUUUGUCCAUUUUUAAUGAUUCUGUUUUCUUUCUUCCUUUCACUUUCACGUUUAGUGCAGGGGGACUCACAGGUUUCUGCAGUUUUCACUUUUCUUUACCUAAUAUCUUUUUCUGACUCACAGACUGACUGACUGACUAAUUGACUACAUUGCUGAAGUGAACGUCAACUGAUGCAAACAGUAGGUGGUGUUAUACACCUAAUUCUAUAAGGAAACCAUGCCUCUACUCCUGCAGGUGUAACACGCUGUAAAUAAUGAAAAAAAGCUUAACUGGUCAUAAUGAAAACCACAAACUCUUUUGCUGUUAAUGUGUGAAGUAAUACAGCAUUAAUUCACCUCAGCAGUAUAAGCAUAAUUCUUUAGGUCAUUUUUUUUUUGUUUCAUGUGAAGAUUCUCACUGUUCUCACUGUCAUCAGUGCCAGUAUCUUUAGUAUCUUACCAGUUAAUACAUGCAAAUGUAAACUGGAAUAUGAUUUUUUUUUUUUUAUACUGUUUACCACAAAAAGUUCACCAGGUUGUGGCUAGCUUUAGAGCUAAAUAGCAUGCAUGCCAGCUGGGGAGAAAAUGGGCUUUUGCUUUUAUUUUUACCCUUUCAAAUUUUCAGUAGAAGAAAAUUAUUUGGCUGUAUGCAUGUAAAUAUUAUAUCAAGGCUGUUACACACCAAGUGACACCCCAUCUUUAAAGCCUUCUCAUCCAACACCCCAGCACCCCCCGAAAUGUAUGCACCAUGUUCUAUAAUACUAAUGAAACAACAGCUUAUGCAUCUUAAUAGUAAAUAUUUUGUCUACUAUACAAAUGAAGCGUUUCUUGCAGAGAUGGCCUACACCUGUAUAAGUUGUGAGGUGUGAUCUUGUGAGUAUGGCUAAACACUGGCCAGAAUUAUUGGAGUAUUAUCACAGUGUUAUCUGAGUUUCAGUAAGUCCUGAUAGUGAAUGCCAGAUGGCCUUUUUUUAAGUUGUGAGGACAUUUGACAUGUCAGAAAUGCAUUAUAGAAGGCAUUACCACCCACAGUUGACAGAGCAGUUGGUGGUAAUGACUGUGACUGGUGGUGUCUGGCUAAAAUUGUUCAUGUAAACAAUUCCAUUCUUCGUAGAGUCAUUUUCGCUUGAACCCCGAAAGACCUUGUUAUAAGCCUGAAGGUAGUGCACUACAUUGGAGAAAAGGGAACUUCACAAUGUCAUCAAUUGAUAUUGACAAUUAAUAUUGAUGACACUGUGCUGGCUGCAUUUUUGAGAAGUGAGAACAAGGACUUUCAUUCUGAAGAUUAAACUAUAUUAUGACUGUAGACAUACUAGUGCAUCAUUAAAAAGUUACUUUAUUUCAGUAAUUCAUUUCAAAAUGUGAAACUCGUAUAUGAAAUAGAUGUAUUACACACAGAGUGAUCUACUUUAAGUGUUUAUUUUUGUUUUUACUGUUGAUGAUUAUGGCUUACAGUUAAUGAAAACCCAAAAAUCACUGUCUUAGAAAAUUUUAAUAUUAUAUAAGACCAAUUGGUACUUUUGGCAGUGUGCCAAGUCUUGCCGGAAAAAUUAAUCUACAUCUUCAUAGAUAAAGUUGUCAGCAGAUGUGGAUUUCAUUUUCCAGCAGGACUUUGGCACACUGCCAAAAGUACCAAUUGGUCUUAUAUAAUAUUCAAGUUUUCUGAGACUCUGAUUUCAUUGGUUUUCAUUGGCUAUGAGCAAAAAUCUUCAUCAAUAAAAGAAAUAAACGCUUAAAAUAGAUCACUCUGUGUGUAAUACAUCUAUAUAAUAUAUGAGUUUCACAUUUAGAACUGAAUUGCUAAAAUUAAGUAAUGAUAUUCUAUUUUUUUGAGAUGCACUAGUACAGUACAGUAUAUCUCUGGGUAUUUCUAAUUCAGUUUGAGCUGCUUUUUUUGUCCUGGACUUCAGAUACGUUGAUAGCAGUCCAGCUUGUGAUUAAUAUUUUCAAAACUCUGAGAGGUAAAAUCCCCCACAUUUACCACUUUUGUACAUUUACCAACAUUACAUUUUAAUAUCCACCAGUCAAAUGUCACAUCUGACCAUUUAGAUGACAAAUAACGUGACUGUAUAUAUUUGCGCUGUAGAUGUUCUGAACCCUGGAUCACCUCACCACCACUGGCACGCUGGGAUUUUCUACAACGACCCCAUUCCACAUCACACCACUGAAUGACUCUGUUUACAGCUCAGAGACUGAAGUAAAAACAGGAUUUUUUAUGAAAAAUGGUUGGAAUUUCCCCUUGUAAAGCAUAGGAUUAAGAAAGCCGUUCUAAUCUUCAUCUCAUCAUGCCACGUCUGUCAGAACUGUAAAUAAAGUUUACCAUGGUCAUGCUGACAGAUUUAAAAUACUCUCAACCUGAUGAGGCACUUGUAAAAUAUUUUUUUUUCCAGUUUGCUGAAGCAAAAAAAAAAACUCACCUGCUCACCCGAUGAUGUGAUUUGAAUUCUGGUCACCCUUGAUGUAAAAUUUAGUAUUUUAACUGUAUUUCAGAAACUUUAAUACAAGAUGCACACUGAAAA